GCUUGUCAUACUGAUCUGCAUACUCUCUCAGCUGGACUUGGGGCUACUACUUACUGCAUCUGAAAGGCUGAAACUCCCUAGGAAUAAAGAAACCUUAUAACAAUGCCGGAACCCACCAAGAAAGAUGAGACUGAAACUGAAAAUGCUCUACCGCCUCCAGAACAAAAAACACCGCAGGAUGGUGGAACUGAAAAGGGUAAAGACAUGGACGUCAGAGAAAUGGCAUCAUCCUCAGAUGAAGAUGACACUUCAGUUAGCACACCACCAGCAGAUGGGAUGUCUAAGCCAUCGGAAAGAAAGGAUUCAGUAUGGUCUAUUGGAGAAACUGCUCCAGAAGAGGCAGAAAAACGCGAUGACUCCCAAAGAUCCACUUUAUUCAUUGAAAAGCCUCAGAGCGGUACAGUAAGUGUUGGCGGGAAUAUUACAUUUAUAGCCAAAGUAGAAGCCAAAGAUCUUCUCCGAAAGCCAAAUGUUAAGUGGUUUAAAGGAAAAUGGAUGGACCUGGCCAGCAAAGCAGGGAAGCACUUGCAGCUGAAGGAGUCAUUUGAGCGUCACACAAAGAUUCACACAUUUGAGAUGCAUAUCAUUCAAGCUAAGGAGAAUUAUGCAGGGAACUAUCGCUGUGAGGUUUCCUAUAAGGACAAGUUUGACAGUUGCUCUUUUGACCUUGAAGUCACUGAAUCCUCUCAAGCUGCUCCAUCCAUUGACAUCAGAUCUGCUUUCAAAAGAAGCGGUGAUGGACAAGACGAUGCAGGAGAACUUGACUUUAGUGGUCUCCUGAAACGUAGGGAGGUUAAACAGCAAGAAGAAGAACCUGAGGUAGAUGUGUGGGAGCUCCUGAAGAACGCCAAUCCCAGUGAAUAUGAGAAGAUUGCUUUUCAGUAUGGUAUCACUGACCUGAGAGGCAUGUUAAAGCGUCUGAAGCGCAUGCGCAGGGAGGUGAAGAAGAGUGCAGCAUUUGCCAAAGGACUUGACCCUGCAUAUCAGGUGGAUAAAGGAGGCAAAGUUAGAUUCAUGGUGGAGCUAGCAGAUCCAACAGUGGAACUCAAAUGGUAUAAAAAUGGCCAAGAAAUACGACCAAGUGCAAAAUACAUUUUUGAGCACAAAGGUAACCAGCGAAUUUUAUUCAUCAAUAACUGUACGAUGACAGAUGAUGCUCGCUAUUACGUAACAGCUGGUGAUGAGAAAUGCUCCACAGAACUGUUUGUGAGAGAUCCUCCAAUUUUGGUGACCAAAGGCCUGGAGGAUACCAGUACCUAUGUUGGUGAACGCGUAGAACUGAGCUGUGAAGUGUCUGAGGAUGAUGCAAAUGUUAAAUGGUUUAAGAAUGGUGUGGAGCUUACCAAUGAACCUAAAUCUCGAUACCGAAUCAAAGUUGAGGGUAAAAAGCACACUUUGAUUAUAGAGGAAGCUGCAAAAAAUGACAAUGCAACUUACUCAGUAAUGACAACAGGAGGCCAAUCAGAAGCUAAGCUUUCUGUUGACUUGAGACCAUUGAAGAUUUCACUUGCACUAGAAGACCAGACAGUGAGGCUUGGACAGGAAAUCCACCUGAAAUGUGAGAUAUCUGAGAAUGUGGAAGGGAAAUGGUACAAAAAUGGACAAUUGGUUGAAGCUAGUGACCGUGUAAAGCUUUAUCACAAAGGAAGAAUCCACAGAUUUAUUAUAGCAAGUGCUGCUGUUGAUGAUGAGGGUGAAUACAUGUUUGUACCAGAUGCUUAUAAUAUUAAUAUUCCAUGCAAAGUACAUGUUGUGGAUCCUCCUAAACUUCACCUUGAUGGUCUUGGGGAAAAUAACACUGUGACAGUAGUGGCAGGCACUAAACUACGCCUUGAGAUCCCUAUCACUGGCGAGCCAACACCAAAAGUCAUGUGGAGUAAAGGGGAUAAGUGGAUCACAGACAGUGGAAGAAUACGGGCAGAAACAUACUCAGACAGCAGCUGCCUGGUCAUUGACACAGCUGAGAGAGAAGAUUCAGGUCCUUUCAGAAUAACAUUAAAGAAUGAAGCUGGGGAGGACUCAGCCCUUAUCAACAUUAAAGUGGUUGAUGUGCCUGAUCCUCCUCAGGCACCAAACGUGACUGAGGUGGGUGAAGACUGGUGUGUUAUGACAUGGGACCCUCCAGCAAAUGAUGGUGGAUCACCCAUCUUAGGAUAUUUCAUUGAAAGGAAAAAGAAACAAAGCUCACGGUGGAUGAGGCUGAAUUUUGAACUGUGUAAAGAAACAACCUUUGAGCCAAAGAAAAUGAUUGAAGGUGUUGCUUAUGAGGUCCGUGUAUUUGCUGUUAAUGCAAUAGGCACUUCCAAACCAAGUAUGCCUUCAAAGUCUUUUGUUCCUUUAGCUGUCACCAGUCCACCAACUCUCCUGGCAGUGGAUUCAGUAACUGAUACCUCGGUUACGAUGAAAUGGAGGCCACCAGACCACAUUGGAGCAGCGGGUUUAGAUGGCUAUGUUGUAGAGUACUGCUUUGAAGGAACUGGAUUCUCACAAGGUAUAUCGACAGAUCAGUCUGAGGAACUGAUGGAGCCACCUUUCAACCUGGAAGAACCUGAAGGAAGCAGCUUGAAGGAGAACUUAAUUCCUAAAACUGAUGAGUGGAUCGUCGCUAACCCAGAACUGACAGACAAAACAAAGUUUACAAUCACUGGUCUGCCAACUGGUUCAAAAAUCCUUGUGAGAGUAAAAGCGGUGAAUGCUGCAGGUGAAAGUGAACCCAGGUACCACCCACAGCCUAUCUUAGUCAAGGAAGUGAUAGAGCCUCCAAAGAUUCGCCUACCAAGACACUUAAAACAAACCUAUACUAGAAGAGUUGGAGAAACCGUAAAUCUUGUUAUUCCUUUCCAGGGAAGACCAAGGGCAAAAGUAUCAUGGCAGAAAAAUGGUUCUCCAAUAGACAAGAACCAAAUCAACAUCCGCAACACUGAGAACGAUACCAUCAUUUUUAUCCGAAAGGCAGAAAGGAGCCACUCUGGAGAAUAUGACAUGAAAGUGGAAGUAGAGAAUUUGGUGGAUAAAGCUACGAUAGAUAUUCAGAUUGUUGAUCGCCCAGGGCCACCAGAGGUUGUAACUAUUGAGGAUGUCUGGGGAGAGAAUGUAAAUUUAUCAUGGAAGCCACCAAAAGAUGAUGGCAAUGCUGCCAUUACUGGGUACACUAUUCAAAAAGCAGAUAAGAAGAGUAUGGAAUGGUUCACGGUAAUCGAGCACUACCACCGCACCAGUGCCACCAUUAAUGAGCUCGUCAUAGGAAAUGAGUACUACUUCCGAGUCUUCGCUGAAAACAUGUGCGGCCUCAGCGAGGAUGCAACAAUGACCAAAGAGAGUGCCUUGAUUGCAAAAGAUGGUAAAGUCUACAAAUACCCAGUUUACGAUGACUUUGACUUCACUGAACGACCACUGUUUACUCAGCCUCUAGUUAACACGUUUGCUGUAGCUGGUUACAAUGCUACUUUGAACUGCAGUGUUCGGGGCAACCCCAAGCCCAAGAUAACCUGGCUGAAAAACAAGGUUGCUAUAUUGAAUGACCCAAGGUACCGAAUGUUCGGCAACCAAGGUGUCUGUACCUUGGAGAUCCGCAAACCCAGUCCAUAUGAUGGAGGCACUUACACCUGCAGAGCAGUCAACGAACUUGGAGAGGCAGAAGUUGACUGCAAACUGGAAGUAAAAGUGAUAUAUCAAGGAGUAAUUAAUCCAGGAGAACCAAUCUUCAUGGCGGGGAAUAAGCAGUUACAGAAUAAGGAUUUUUGAAUGUAUAUUGUCAUCUAAGGUGGGCUUUCGUUCUUCAAACUACUAAUGGAUGGAGUGCCUCCGCAUAUCAUUGAUGCAUAUAUGCGCGAAGUACAGGCAGACAAAACUGAGGGGAAGUGAGAGUCCGAC